UGUGGGAAGAAAACCCUCUGCGCUUGCAGAGUUGUCCAUAUCUUGAUAAGGCAACAGUUAAUUUAUGAAGUUGGCUCUUGAACCUGAUCUACAAUGGAAAAACUGCUUUUGUAUCUGCUGUUCAUUGGCAUAACAGUGAGAGCUCAGAUCUGCCCAAAGCGCUGUGUCUGUCAGAUUUUGUCUCCGAAUCUUGCAACCCUUUGUGCCAAGAAAGGGCUCUUAUUUGUUCCACCAAACAUUGACAGGAGGACUGUGGAAUUACGGCUGGCAGACAACUUUGUUACAAAUAUUAAAAGGAAAGACUUUGCCAAUAUGACCAGCCUUGUGGACCUGACGUUAUCCAGGAAUACAAUAAGUUUUAUUACACCUCACGCAUUUGCUGACUUGCGCAAUUUGCGGGCUUUGCAUUUGAACAGCAACCGAUUGACUAAGAUCACCAAUGACAUGUUCAGUGGACUCUCCAACCUUCAUCACUUGAUACUUAACAACAACCAGCUGACUUUAAUUUCUUCCACAGCUUUCGAUGAUGUUUUAGCUCUUGAGGAAUUGGAUUUGUCUUAUAACAAUCUGGAAACCAUCCCGUGGGAUGCUGUGGAGAAGAUGGUUAGUUUGCACACUCUCAGUCUAGACCACAAUAUGAUUGACCAUAUUCCUAAAGGGACCUUCUCCCACCUCCACAAGAUGACCAGGUUAGAUGUCACUUCUAACAAACUGCAGAAGCUACCACCUGAUCCUCUCUUUCAGCGAGCUCAGGUACUAGCAACCUCAGGAAUUAUCAGCCCCUCUACUUUUGCAUUAAGCUUUGGUGGAAACCCUUUGCAUUGCAAUUGUGAGCUUUUGUGGCUGAGGCGUCUUUCCAGAGAAGAUGACCUGGAGACCUGUGCUUCUCCUCCGCUCUUGUCUGGUCGGUACUUUUGGUCAAUCCCAGAGGAAGAGUUCCUAUGUGAGCCUCCCCUCAUUACUAGGCACACCCAUGAGCUGAGAGUCCUGGAGGGCCAAAGGGCAACACUGCGUUGUAAGGCCCGAGGGGAUCCAGAACCCGCAAUUCACUGGAUUUCACCUGAGAGCAAACUUAUUUCAAAUGCAACAAGGUCUUUGGUGUACGAUAAUGGAACGCUAGACAUCCUUAUAACGACUGUAAAGGAUACAGGUUCUUUCACCUGCAUUGCUUCCAAUCCAGCUGGGGAAGCCACACAAACUGUGGACCUUCAUAUAAUCAAACUCCCUCAUUUGCUGAAUAGUACUAAUCACAUCCAUGAGCCGGACCCUGGUUCCUCAGAUAUCUCAACUUCCACCAAGUCAGGCUCUAAUGCAAGCAGUAGUAAUGGGGAAACUAAAAUCAGCCAAGAUAAGAAGGUAGUAGUGGCAGAAGCAACAUCGUCGACUGCUCUGCUGAAAUUUAAUUUUCAAAGAAAUAUACCUGGAAUACGUAUGUUUCAAAUCCAGUACAAUGGUACUUACGAUGACUCACUCGUUUACAGAAUGAUACCUCCCACAAGCAAAAGCUUUCUGGUCAACAACCUGGCCGCUGGGACUGUGUAUGACCUGUGCGUCUUGGCCAUCUACGAUGACGGGAUCACCUCACUCACUGCCACCAGGGUUGUGGGGUGCACGCAGUUCACGACCGAGCAGGAUUACGUGCGCUGCCAUUUCAUGCAGUCCCAGUUCCUGGGUGGGACCAUGAUUAUCAUCAUCGGUGGGAUUAUUGUGGCCUCCGUGCUCGUGUUCAUCAUCAUCCUCAUGAUCCGCUACAAGGUGUGUAACAACAACGGGCAGCAGAAGGCAACCAAGGUGAGCAACGUGUACUCACAGACCAAUGGGGCGCAGAUCCAAGGCUGCAGCGGGGUGCUGUCCCAGUCGAUGUCCAAACAGGCGGUGGGGCACGAGGAGAGCAUCCAGUGCUGCAGAGCUCCCGCUGAGGCGGUGGCGCCGCUGUCAGACACUUGCUCGAGCCAGGACUCCACCACCACUACCUCUGCUUUGCCUCACACGUGGACUUCUAGCACUUCUGUCUCACAAAAGCAGAAGCGAAAGCCUGGGCCAAAGCCAAGCAGCGAGCCGCCGAGUGAAGCUGUCACGAAUAUCGAGUCCCAAAACACUAACAGAAAUAACUCCACGGCUCUGCAGUUAGCUAGCCGUCCCCCUGGCUCUGUCAAAGGGGCCCCCACGUACAAAAGAGCACAAUCAAAGCCAAGUAAGUUUCUCACUUUGCCAGCUGACACAUCCAGAGCAAAGCGCAGGUUCUCCCUGAAUGGAGAAUUAAUGGAAUACCAUUGUCACGGUAACUCCCCGAACGCAGGUGGAUUAUGGUCUAAAAGGAGCAUGUCUAUGAAUGGGAUGCUAAUGCAGUCAGACAGUUCUGAUGUGGAUAGUGGAAAAGCAACUUUCUCGAGUUCUGAGUGGAUAUUGGAAAGCACUGUGUGACCUGCUUUUUUAAUUUUUAUUUUAAUGAAAAACAAAACACCAAACGUUGUGUGAAACUCCCUCUCCUGGGAAAUUGGAUUUGGAAUUCCACUGUUGUCUCGCUGAUUAAAGCCUUGUUCAUGCAGGGUUCUGUAUAAGCCACCCAGUGCACACCGACCCGUUUUUAGUUAAUUUUCAUUUUAUUUCAUUUAAUAACAAAACCGAAGGCAACAUUCAGAGAUUAAAAAAAAAAUACAAAAAAAAAAUUAAGGGGUGAAAAAAGCAUGAAACAGCACCAGUGCCUUCCCUACUCUAGGACUGGCUUCCUGGUUCUGCAGUAGCAGAAAACAAAAGAGAGAGUUUUCACAGAAAAAGCCUUUUAUAAAGGAAAUGAAAUUUCCUCCAAGCUAACAUAUAACCACUUCUGGAUCAAUCAGUAAAACGGUAUUUUUUAAAACGGUCAGACUGUAUAUUUCUUUUCAGUGACAAUGGUGUUGCCUUUGUUUUUAGGCAAAUGCUGUACAGAAACAACAACGCCGUGUUGUUAUGUUGUGUAAAAUAAAAUAUUCACUCUGUACCCA